AUGGCGACGGCACCUCUCACACCUGGACCUCGCCGCAGUCUCCAGCUCGCAGCACGCAUCACUGUGAAGGGGACCCAUUGGAGCUCCAGCUCCGUGCUCCAACCCGCUGCGUCGAGCUUCGCUCCACACUUCGUCCGCGUCCUUCGCUUGCUGGGCCUCGGCGCCGUCGGCCUCAGCUCGGUGCGGAGCAGUGCUCGAGUGAGUCGCAAGCGAAGUCAAGACGACAAGGAGUGCAGCAGGGUCCCUGGCGUCGCCAGCAACGGCGUUCCAUUGGUCGAAGUGGUGAAGGUGAGUGAUGAGGUGGGCUUAGGUUUGGUGGUGCCCCAGGGUGCCACAGCUGGAAGUCUUCUAAUAGAAGAAGCCCCGCUGUUCCAUCGGCCACAUGGACACUCUCUGGCUGACUCCGUGCUAGCCUUUAAUCAGAUGACAGAAGCGAAGAGAAAGCUAUUGCUGAGCCUAGCUGCGUCACCUGGAGUGCCUGAGAAAGAGGUCGGCUUUGAAGGGGACAACUUACGCUUCGUGCGGGUUCUACGCACCAACUCUGUGGCAGUGAGGGAAUCCGCUGGCAGCGGCGGCGCCGUCUACGCUGUGUCGUGCAGAGCCAAUCACAGCUGCAAGCCCAAUGCCGCGUUGUGCGUCCAAGAGGACGGCACCAUGCACCUGAAAGCUUUGAGAGACUUGCAUCCAGGUGAAGCGGUCUUCGUCUCCUACAUCGGCGAGGGAGAUCUCUUGCGCCCUCGCCCACACCGACAGGAGCAGCUCGGGCACUGGGGAUUCACCUGCAACUGCGAGCGCUGUGGAGCUGCGGAAGAUACCCGAGGCUUUCGAUGUAGCUGUGGAUCUGGUGUGAUGAAGUAUGAGGCUUCUGAGGUCGGACCCGGCCACCGCUGGGGUCCUUGCAAUUGCUGCAAGGCAGUGCUUCCAGAGGAGACCCUGCUUGGAACUGAAGAGCUAUGGCAAGAGCACGUCUUCUCCUUGAGACCUGAAAGAACCAAGCACUUGUCGCAGAUUGCCUUAGCCAUGCAUCCGGUCCUAUCUAUUGCCAGACUUGAAGCUUUGACCUUUCUUUUUGUUGAGGGCUUCGUCCGCCAAGUGCUACUGUUGUUACAAACAACUUCCGCACUUGUCCAACCAUAUGUCCUUUACAUAUAAAACAAAGAGCUCCGGGCCGGAGCUCUCACACCACACCAACAUCCUCCCUCAAAAGAACAGGUAUGACGGCUUGGUCGACCAAGCCGCAGAGACGGAGUCCAUCGUUCCAGCCUUGGAUGGCCAUUGGAUCAGCGCCAAGUUGGCUCGCCUGGCAGCGGAGGAGCUCAUCCGUCAAGAGCGAGUGCAAGACGCCCGAGCAGCGGCGCAACUCUUACGGCGCUACGUGCGCAAGACCUUGGGCGUGGCGGCCACACGGAUCUCGGCCUUCGCGAGCUACAUCGAAGCUGCAGCCGCUGCAGUGGAGGGGAAGGAACAAGAAGCUCAGGAGCUUUGCCAGGCUGCCUUGAGGGAGGCCCAGCUGUUGCCUCGCAAUGGUGAUCAGCUCUCAGAGAAGGUAGGGGAGCUCCAGAGGAGCUUGGUGAAACAGAAGGAGCUCACCAUGAGCUGAGCACAUGCCAUGCUUUUUGUCCUGUUCCGCGCCGCUUUCUGGUGGUUUCUCGCGCACCAGUGAUGCAUCUUAAGAGUACAACGGAUGAGAAGCAUCGAUCGAUUGGACCUAGCAAUUUUCGUAGCCAGUGGAUCUCAGAAGCAAGAGCAGAUGAUUUUGGGG